AUGAAACCCGAGGGUCUCAACUCCAAGAACAGCUCCUACAAGUUCACACUCGACACAAUUGGGCCUAACGCGACCCUCCUGCGGGAAGAAGAGAAAACCCUCCUCAGGGAAAGAGAAGCUUUCGCUCAGGAAGUCAACAAGUCUUACUCGAACCUCCGUCGGCAACAGUCUUCCUUACAAGUGGAUCAGAAAACGUUGGCCUUGCAACUUCAGGAAGGCCGACUCAGAUCCGGUUCGGUCGGGACUCCCUACGCGACACCCGCCUCGUCCCGGAAAGGUUCCCCUUCGAAGGGGAGUCUUUCGACUUUCACGACGUCAUCAGUACUCCAGGCCCCCUACUCAAUGGCGGGUACACCUCAACGGACAAUGGACCCUAUCCCGGUGUUUAUGCAACAAACCGAGGUGGCUACGGAAACCAUGUCGAUGCCGGUGCCGGCAGGCGUCUACGGCCGUGCUGUGACUUCCCAAAAGCCGUUCAUGCCCGAAAGACCAAGGCAACGAGAACCCCCCGAGUACAUACCCCAGGACUCGUACGGGAUGCGUGGACACAGCAACCCCAGCCCACCUUACUUCACACCGGCCUACGGAGACCGCGGCGGUCUCCAGGGGGGCCCGGGGGACACAACCCUUUCGAACGCUCUGGAGGCCGAGGAGAUCCCCCCGGACCUCCCGGGGGAGGUGGACCUGGAGGUGGCGGCCAUGACCAUGGAGGUGGAGGCGCACCCAGGUUUCCAUACGUGCCCCCGUACGAUGACCAUGGGGACCGUCCUUCCCGUUCCGCUUAUGCUGACGCACGAAAAUACGCACCCAAACUGA